UCCCUCCUCUCGAGCUGUCACGCUGACAGCUCAAGUGCCACCUGUCAGAGUCCAUCAGUGCCAGCUGAACAGUGCCACGUGCCAGUGCCCAUCAGUGCCCAAUGCCACAUAUCAGUGCAUACCACAUCAAUGCCACAAAUCAGUGCCCAUCUGAGCUGCCCUUCAGUGUCACCCAUCAGUGCCAGUCAGUGCCACCUAUCAAUGCCAAUCAGUGCCACCUAGCAGUGCUGCCAAUCAGUGCCAGUCAGUGCCGCCUAUCAGUGCGCAUCAGUGCCGCCUAUCAGUGCCAGUCAGUGCCGUCUAUCAGUGCCAGUCAGUGCCGCCUAACAGUGCCAGUCAGUGCCGCCUAACAG